UCUCAUGCUCCAUAAAAAAAAAUUUCACGUCAUUUUCUGAAGACGCAGUUGCAGUGGGAGUCCAAAUUCUUCCCCUCCACUAAACCCAUCAGAGCCGAACAAACCAACCUAUGCCUUGUGUUCUAAAGGCAUGUCUCCUAUGUUCCCGGCACAAAAUUUUCCUAUUUAAGAAGUAGCUCUGCUUGCUCUCUUCAAGCACCACUGCUUAGUUUCCUCCGAAUUGCUUUUCAUCGUCUUCUUCUGUUUUCUUCUAUUCUAAUUCCCCUUCUUUUCUUCUAUGGAAGGCAAUAGGAAAGUCAUGAAUUCUCACUUUCCUCCUGGUUUUCGUUUCAAUCCAACAGACCAAGAGCUCAUCAAUUGUUACCUGACCCAGAAGGUCUCUGCUUCUUUGCCCUCAGAUUGGAAUAUUAUAGCUGAUAUUGACCUCUACAAAUUCAAUCCAUGGGAUCUCCCUGGAGAGGCUUUCUUCGGCGAGGGAGAGUGGUUCUUCUUCAGUCCUCGAGAAAGGAAGUAUCCUAACGGUGUUCGGCCUAAUAGGGCUGCCGGGGUGGGCUAUUGGAAGGCGACUGGUACAGAUAAACCUAUUUUGAGCGCCGGCGGCAGCCACUGCAUUGGCGUCAAGAAAGCUCUUGUCUUUUAUGAGGGCCGGCCACCGAAGGGCAUUAAGACUGAAUGGGUUAUGCAUGAGUACCGUCUCUUGGAUUCAGUCGUUGCUCCUUCUCAAUCUCAGAAGCAGAAGGGCUCUAUGAGAUUGGACGAGUGGGUUCUCUGCAGAGUAAGACAGAGAGGAAACUUCCCGGCUAAAAGUGGAAAAUUGACUGAGACCUGCAGUCCAACAGAGUCUGCUUUCACUGUCAGCGUUCAAAGUGAAGAGAAGCAGGAGGAAGAGAUGAAAACAACCAGCUUGACUUACUGGAAUGAAAACCAGCUUCUUGGCUACCCUUUCGAGUCUCAGGAGAAAAGGGAGAGCAUAGGGGAAGUAUUAGACCCUGCUUUCUUGAUGAGAAAUUCACCACUUGGGGACGGCUAUGAAUAUUUCGACGGACAACAACAACAAGGUUCUUCGCUGGCGAUUCCUUCGGUGUUUGGUUCAAUGAAGAGGAAGCAAUCCUUUGAUGUGCUUGAUGAGCUGAUGCUGCUGCAGCCUGGGAAGAGGCUGCAGUGCUCAGUAGAUGGGCUGUCGCUACCGGCGGAUUCGGUUUCAAUCAAUCAAUGGUUCCCGGAGCUCUUCCUCUGAUGAUACAGAAGAAGUGUCGAGAACUCUGUGAUAAGAUUGAAGAUUUAUGUUUGGGUUUAUGUUUUUGUUCCUUCAUUUGAGGUUUUGCUGUAAAUUCAACUGGCUAAGAAAGGGAGAGAGGAUGGUUGUCCAGGUCUUCAUUCAAUAGUAAAUUAGCUGGGUAAAUAAUAAUAGAUCUUGUGAGACUUCCAUUGUAGAUGAUCAUGAUCUUGUAUGCAUAAUGUCGAAAAAACAGUUUGCUUCUGUCGUGUAUAAAUAAAUUUUAUUUCAUCUAUUAAAGAUUUGGAGCUGUUCAUUC